AUGUUCACCAACCUGAGCGUUCAAGAUGUUUGGAACGAGUAUUGGCAAAAACAGCUGAGUGCUGCUGCUCCAAAUUUCAAUGCUCUAAUCGUUCGUCCCGAAGCUGCUGAAGGUGCAAGUGGAUCAUCAAGAAGUUCGACUAGCACUCCUGAUGCCACUGCUGCAAAUCAGGAAGACCUUUCCCCUUGCGAAUCAGCCACUACAAAAAGACGACGCACUCGCACAAAUUUCUCCGGAUGGCAACUUGAAGAGCUAGAAAGCGCUUUUGAGGCAAGCCACUACCCGGAUGUAUUCAUGCGAGAAGCUUUGGCUUUGAGACUCGAUCUUCUAGAAAGCAGAGUGCAGGUCUGGUUCCAAAAUAGACGAGCAAAAUGGAGAAAGAAGGAAAGCAUUAAGAAUGCAAGCCACAGCGAACAGGGGGGAUCGAAAGAAGAUGGGCAGGAGCCACGCAAGGCCAAAGAAUGUGGGGCCUUUUCUAUCGACAGCCUCCUCGCAGCAAGUCGAGUACCUCGUGGCCGUCGCCCUAAUGCCAAAUACCCAAGAGUGCAGGCUUGCAAGAAUCUUUCACCGUUCAUGUUACCGCUUUUCCCGAUUACCCAACCAGCAGGGCGAACGAUUCGAGAGCCGUCCCCACAGGCGCAUCCUCCACCAAGCGCGCAAGCUCCGCAGCAAACUGCAAGGGAUCAGCUUUCAGAACUUUUGCUUUCCACAACUUCAACUUGA